AUGAGUUUAUCAAUUGAAAAUUUGCUCUUGGCUAUGGUCAAUGAGCGACGAAGGAAUAAAACAGAUGAAGAUGAUGAUUAUGUACAUAUACAACAAUUUAAUUCUCAAUGGCCUAAAUUAUUUCAAACAUAUUUUUUAUCACCGUCAAGUCGUCUUUCUCAAACAACAACAAAUACAACAAGUGAUGAUGAUCUUAUAUUCUAUGUAACACGUCAUGUUGAUAGUGAUUUUCAUCAUCCAUUACAUCUUGUAGAAGUUUUUCGUCAUCAUGAUACGAAACGUCAACCGAAAUUAGCAGCACCCGAAUAUGAUUGGGAAGAAACAACAAAUCUUAAUUUAGUUCUUCAUCAAUUUGAAUAUACAGUAACAACAGCUGUAUGUACUAAAACAAGUAACAAACAUUUACAAAUUCUUAAACGUUUAUCAACUAAAGUUUAUGCUAGUCCAUCACGUCGUGAUAUGGAAAGUAAAGGAACGGAAGAGAAAAUAACUUAUCCAAAUAUUUAUUUUACUGUUGACAAUUUUGAAGAUACAUUUUGUGAGAUGGUUGUGAAUGAAGGUCAGAUGGUAUGUGUAGAAUUAGUUGCAAAAAAUCUUCGAUUAAAUGAACCAAAAGUUCUAUUUCUUGGUUCAAUUAAAUAUGAAGCAUUAAAAAAAGUUUAUGAAACUCGAGCAACGACAAGUACUCGAGUUGCUCAACGUAUGUCUUUAGGAAUGUAUACCAAACGACGAGUAGAAUUUGUUCGAAUGCGUGGUCCAAAUGGUAAAGGUCAUGCAGAAAUGGCAGUAAGUCGUUGUCGAACAAUACAAUCUGGUAUUACAACACCUGAAUCUAUUCCUUCAACACCAAUGUCAAGUAGUUUCGAUGAAGAAAGUUGGAAUAAACGUCGUGCACUUGAUAAUAUAUCAGUGAGUCGAUGGAUACCACCAACAUCUAGACAACAACAGAUAGCAUCUAAUGUCACAACACCUGAAGUUGAAUCAACUGAUAUUCAACAAGAAUUAGCUGAUGAUACAAGUGGUUUUCUUGGUCGUACACUUAGUCAAGCAAUGAGUUGGAUGCGUGGUUCAAGUUCACGUUUGAACCAACCUAUGCAGCAGACACUUCCGCUUCAAACAUGUCUUACAUAUUUAACAUUACCAUGUCAGUUUAUUGUGAAAGAUAUACUUGAAUCAAAUCAAAUGCCGAUACUUACAUUUUAA